AUGACCACCAAAACUGUGCUGCUUCUUGUGAUUUCAUUGGGAAUUGCUGCUCUCGUCUUAUCUGCUGAAGGAUUUCCUUCUGCUAAUGUCACUACCACUAUCGAACCGUUACCCAAAGAAGAUUGCGAUAAAUUUGUGAAGGACAUCAAUGAUCAAAAGCGUGCAAUGGUCAAAAAAUUGAAUAUUGCAGAUGGAUAUGAAUUGACGUGGGAUCAGGAACUUGCUAAUGAACUCAGCGAAGUGUUGAGAAAUGGAAGGAUACAUUUGAACGAAAAUAGAACUUUUUUUAUUGGUAUGGAUUCUUUAGACAACUUGUUUGAAGAAUAUGGAAUCCAGUUGGAAGAAGAUGAAGAUGGAAGUGGAUCAUAUCACAACAUCGAUAGCCUUUUGUCUCCAAUUCAUAAAACAAUUGGUUGCGUAGGAUUGAGAUCAAACAACUUUCAAACAGUUUUCCUUGCGGACCCUGACGGGAAUCUCCGUUAUUUCCAAGGAUUCUAUGGAGUUCCCGGAUCAAACUGUGCCACUGGUUAUGCAAAUAAUGAUGGGUUGUGUGCACUGAUUCCUCCGACCACUACUACGGAGAAAACACUCACUCAACCUCCGGCCAAACCAACUUCUGAAGCAAAAGACAAGGAUUCUGUUGGAGUGACUGAUGUGACCUCUGGAUCGUCUACUACUUCCAUUCUGAUUGGCUUUUUGGUCUUUUCCGUUUCAUUCUCUUUUUCGUACUGA